AUGUUUAAUAGCAGAGCGCGAAAAACGGCAAAGCGCCUGGACUGAUGCCAUGGAUCCCCACCCGCACUGAGCGAUGGCGCUCAGGAAUAGCCCCAGAUCAGCCUGUAGCGCACUCCCCCCACGAUAGAGGCAGAUAAUACCUGAUCGAUGCGACAACAGAGGGCGUUCCCACGGACCGUCUUCUGUAAAAGCUCUUCUUUUUUUUAUCAGCACAUCAGAGGCACCAGCAGCGCCACGGGUGACAAACACUUGAGAUUUGAGGAGCGCAGAGCAGGACAGCAUGCAUAGUUUGCCUCAAGCCAGGAGGGUCCUCUACUAACACGAGACCACAAUUGAACACCGUGUCUGGUAGGGAACUUACAACGCACCUCACCUGGAACACACCAUCUUCAAGGUGAAGCACGGCGGUGGGAGUAUUAUGUGGGGAAGUAAAUACAGGACGAUCCUUCAAAGAUGUGUGAUUAGCCAGGAGGAGGUGCAAAGCUUCAUCGAGAGGUGUUUAACAACAGUGGGAGCCAAACCCCAUCAUGCUAACAGCCUGGCUGAGGUCCUGGUGACAGCAGACUGCCGGGGUCACUACAGUCAUGGACUCAACAGGAUGGAUAUGUACCUAAAGGACAUCCAGACAGGAGUCUGUGCUGUCGAAGGUGAGCCGGUGGUGGAGAAGGAAAGUGCAGCCACGGCGCUGGUGGAUGGGAAGAACCUGCUGGGCCCAGUCGUGGGAAACUUCUGCAUGAAUCUGGCCAUUAGAAAAGCCAAAGAGGUUGGCAUUGGCUGGGUGGUGGCACAUGACUCUAACCAUUUUGGAAUUGCUGGAUACUACUCAAUGGAGGCCCUGAAAGAAAACAUGAUCGGCAUGUCAUUUACUAACACCUCCCCCCUGGUGGUUCCCACACGUGGUAAAGAGCGCACUUUGGGCACCAACCCCCUGAGCGUGGCGGCCCCAGCUCAACACGGAGACAGCUUCGUUCUGGACACGGCCACUUCAGCAGUAGCACUUGGAAAGGUGGAGCUGAAUGAACGGCGAGGCGACCCCAUUCCCGAUGGCUGGGGCUGUGACCCACAGGGACAUUUAACAACUGACCCAACAAGUGUUCUGAAGGGAGGUGGACUGGUGCCCAUCGGUGGCAGUGAAGCCACAGGUGGCUACAAAGGUUAUGGUCUCGGAAUGAUGGUGGAGGUCUUCUGUGGGAUCUUGGCUGGUGCCCAAUACAGCAAAUACGUCCGCACGUGGAAAGUUACCGACCGUGCUGCCAACCUGGGCCAGUGUUUUGUAGCAAUCAACCCAGAAAACUUUGCUCCAGGGUUCAAUGAGAGGAUGUCAGAUCUGCUGUCCAUCCAGAGAGACCAGGACCCCGCUGAUCCAGGCUCGCCUGUUUUGGCUCCCGGAGAUCCAGAGAGGAUUAAUAUGAAGAAGUGUGAGGAGAUGGGUGGAAUACCCUACCACAUCAAUGUCGUCAAUUACAUUAACGAUUAUGCGAAGAAAAUUGGUGUCAGCCAGCUGCUGCCAUGUGACAAGAUUGUCUCCAUUUAGAUAAUCUAUUAUGGAUGUUCAGCUUUAUAAAUGUAAAUGUAAUGUGUGGUUUACUCAUUUUAAUGUUUUUUUAUGUUUAAGCAAAUGUACCGUAUUGAGAGGUUGUAUUUACGCGUAAUAUAGAUCUUGAGACUAAUAUUUAAGUCAUUAUCAUACUAACCUUCCUGUAUUGUCACUCCAACUUAAUAAGUUUGUCAGUCUGACUUGCACAGCAUUGUUGUGCAGAACGUUUUGUGGAGUUUGCAUUUUGUGCCUGUGUAUGUACAGGUUUCUCCCUACAGCCCCAAACACAUGUUGUGUUGACCGAUUUUAAAUGGUGCUUGGUUGUUGUUUGCUGUUUGGGGAACUUGUCCAGGGCUUUUAUCCUCUGCAGGUGUCUGCAGACCAACACAGCUGGCCUGGGACUUUAAUAAGGCCUCAGGUUUUGGAAAAAUAAUUAAAAAAUAUACUGAAAUUAGCAUGUAAGAAAGUUGUAACAAAAACCAAAGAUCUGGUAAAAAAAAAAAAAAAAGAAAGAAAUCUAAUACCAUUUUGUUCAGAAAACUGGCUCUCAUUUAGUAUCCAGGGAGAAAUAUGAGUAAACAUCUGACAUUCUUACAGUAAAUAUUCUCAGAUCAGAGCUUUGUAGUCUGGGGCUGAAUGUGAAUGAGUUUGCAUAAUAUUGUUGAUUUGUUAUUAACUGAGGAUUUUAUUUCCUUUUAUAGAAGCAUUUUAGUCUUGAAAAUAUAAAGACAGUAGUAGGGUACAUAACAGUAUAGGUAAACACCGAUAAAUGCUUUAACGGAACAUUUAUUUACUUUUAUUUUACUAAACGGCUGUAAACAUAACAUUACUGUAUGCAUUUUCUAAAUAAAAGCGUUUUCUAAGUA